CCGAACUGAGAGCCCUACUGCAAGCUCUCCCGAUGAGAUCUGACAUAGAGGCCAUUGUCAGCAGAAUAGAAGCAACCCACCGCAAAGAGAUAGCGGUGGUGAGGCAGGAGGUUCAAACAUUAUCGGACCGCACUUGAGAGAUGGUGGCCACACUUGAGAGCCGGAUGGCAGCAGUUGAGGCAAUGCAGGCAGCCCAGGCAGACACAUUAAUUGCCCAGCAGCUCCGAUUGGAAGAAAUCGAGGACCGCAGCAGGGGCAACAAUUUGCGCCUGAGAGGUCUGCCAGAGGCCACUGGGGCGGAGGACCUGGCGGUGUCCACUCUGGCGAUCCUCCGGGACCUAUUGGGGGAACUCUUCCCGCCCAACCUAUCCUUGGAUCGGAUACACAGAGCCUUGGGCCCCCGCUCCAUGGAUCUGGACAGACCGCGGGACAUCAUAUGCCGCAUUCAUCAUUAUGCCCACAAGGAACUGAUUCUUCGAUCGGCCUGGGAGAGAGGGGAUAUUGAGUUUGAUGGGGCUACACUCUGGAUCAUGCCUGACUUAUCCCGAUCGACACUGCAAAGGAGGGCACUCCUGAAACCGCUACUGGAAGCUGCGAGACACGCUGGUCUCACAUACAGGUGGGGCUUCCCCAUCUCUGUAACUUUUAAAAAGGCCCAGCAAUCCUUCACUCUCUGGACCCCGGCUGAUCUCCCUGCCCUGUUUGUGUUCAUGGACACGGAUCCUGUCGAGGUACCUGACUGGCUCCAGAUCCCACGGCAUUCCACCACCCGCUCCGGACCAUCCAGCCUGAGGAGAACCAGGUCACCUAGACCGCAGAGGAGCCGAUGCAGACCUUGUCACACCUCGGCGGAGGCUACAAGAGAAGACUGAUGGAGGGCGGCACUGAGGGUGUGCUUCCCCCCUCCCUGUACCACUUCUCUAUGCUGCAAGAUGGCAGAGGCUACCUAUCCCCUUGGCCCUAUGAGUGGGUUUUCUUUUUGGUGAUCUGGGGUCUGGGAGGGCACGCGGGACCGGUAUGGAGGGGGUGGCAAUACACGCGGCCGUGCAGGUGAAGGACCCGCCUGCCAUCUGCUUGAAGUCCUGGCCCGGCCGGCUCAGAAUCAGCACUAGCCCCAGGGAUCCUCCCAGUGGGGUGUAUACACAUAUCAGCUGCAACUGAUACUGGGGGAAUUCACGUGUUUGGGGGGGUUCCCUCUUUCCUCUCCCGUCCCUCCUACUACCCUCUCGGUGCAGGACUUGGACAUGCUUCUAUGGAGCGGAGGGGGGACUGUUGUCAUUGCAGCCAACAGUGAUGCCACGGGACGCGGACUUUGAACAUUGAUUGUCUCUCCUUCCCCAGCCCACAUUGACCUGGAGGUGGAAGCUUACGGCCCCACGGAGCAGCUCAUUCUCAUAUGGGUUCGUUGCACACUGUUGAUGCUGUUUUGCUUUGUGUUGUUUUUUUUAUAUACCUGUAUGAUAUGUAGAG